AUGGCGCCCGAGCAGGACAGUGAAAUACAAUGGACUACGCUUUGGGACCCACACUUGAAUCCCCAUACAUCCGGAAGGCUCCGCCUGGAUGUCGCACAGAAAAGCCUCACUGGAGGACGGGUUCUGGUGGUUGGCCGCGUGGAAGUCCGUAGUUGCAGAUUCUAUACGAAAGAAAUCUUUGUCCUGAAUUUCAAGCCUUUUGAAUCCAACUCUCUCUGGGUUACAACCAGAGAGGAUUCCAAUUGCCGGAAGGUUUUUGCAAUGCAAGCCGAUCACUGGGAGAAUAACAUUUUUCUCGCUGGAAGGGGCACAUUGUCGAAGUGGUCGAGUCUUGUUCUCAUGCAUGUCGAUGCUAACGGAGAAAUGACACAGAUGACAUUAAAUGGAACCACGAAAGCAGACAUCGUCAUGAGACUGACCGGGUCAGAUGCUUUGGUCGCCGGUACUGCUGAUGAAGGUCCAACAGCCGGCCUAUAUGUCCAGAGGGUGAAAGAAAGACCAGGAUGGCAUUCGGAGUGGCAGGGCAUCGCCCAAUGGGCGUUGUUUAACCAAGGCAAUUUGUGGAAGGUAUGCGCCAUGCACAUUGAUGAUGGCGGCAACAGCAUUCUGUAUGGUCUUCUCCAUUCGCAUCACGAAUAUGAUUCCAGAUACUUGGACCAAAUUCUCCUUGCGAGCUUUGAUUCUUCUGGCCGUUCUCGCUGGAGUGCAAAAGAAAGGCCAGGGGUGGGGCAGGUCCUCCAAUGCGGUGCAAUGCAAGUUUUUCAAGGUAAGGCCUUCAUUGCUGGAGAGUUUGUUCGAUCGGGAUCGGUUCCUCCAAGAGAAGACAUUUUCCUGAUGCAUUUCGGAAAUUCAACCAUGCUAUGGGUGCAGAGAGAGGGUGGCGACAAUUUACAGCACCAUUUCAAAGCGAUGCAUGUGGAUGCUGUCGGCCAAGCCUUGGUGGCAGGCACACAGACACGGAGUGCCACCCUUGCUGCUCCCAGUCAAGCAGGUAUUUUUCUUAUGAAAUUUUCCAACCAUGGUGAUUUGAUAUGGAAAGAGUACCAGGAGACGCAGACGUCUCAAACCAUGACUGCCAUGUGGAUUCACAAUGCUACUGACAUUGCUUUGGCUGGCUUUGCAUUACAGAACUUGUCCAAGACAGCACAUUUGCGCGUGCUACAGGCCCAGGGCGGUGCGGCGUGCUACACUGACAGAAGAUUGGAGUACGACCAUUUCUUACCUGUUCUAUUUCUCUUCAGGGAGAAGUCUCGUGGGUGGGCACAGUGGCAGGGGAAGAGCGUUGGACCCAUCAGGGAUGUUCGUACGCAAGAGGAUUCGAAUGGAAAGUUCAGCUUGGUUGGUAUUACACCUGAUGCGACUGUCUCUAUCCUGAGUUUUGACGCUGCCAAAGCAGCAGCGAGCAUCACAAGUACAUCGACAAACACGCACAUUGCAACAUUUGCGCUGAUGAUCGGUCUGGCAGCAGGUGCCCUCAUGCUCUUCGUGAUUGUGAUCUCAGUGUGGUUUCGCUGCAAGCCGAAAGGAGGCGGCUGCAUGGUAAACGUUUUUACCAGGGUAGGUCAAGAGGAUGAAAUCAAGGGCCACGACACAGACUCAGAACCAGAGUCACGCACGUCUGACUCCGAGACUGGACAGGCUUCAUCAUCAUCAGAUUCUGACAACAACAGAGGAAGUGACAUUCCCUUUUGGAGAAGGGCUUGGGACGCAAUUUCUUCAUCGGUCCGCAAGUCAGCUACAGGUACUGGUAGCUCGAUUCCGAUGGGUUUGCAGAUCAGCAGGGCUUGCGAUGAAAUUUGCAAACAGGGCUGCGAACAGAAUAACGGCCCUCAAAAUAUGCUGUUGCAAGAUUGGUGUGCCAAGGCAAGGUCAGAAAAUGCCGACCCAGUACUGAAACAGAGUGUUUUUGGACUCAUGACUGCAACCGAGAUUGCCACAUUCCUCAUGGCAGCUGAGAAUAGACUGUGGCGUCAGAUCAUAGAUAAGACUGAGGAUUUUUUUUAUCUGCUGGAUCGGACGCCUUCUCCAGAGUUGGGGGCUCAUGAAAUGGUUGGUCCAGCCAUGAAUGAGAGAGUCAGGAAUUUGAAGCCAUGUGUCAUGGACCAAACAGUUCGUGAGCCUGCGACGAACACACCUUUUGGACACACAGGGUACAUGAAGUAUUUGACGCUCAAGAUCGUUCAAAGGAUGGGGUUCAAAGACAUCGCGAUUAGUGGCCAAUACUAUGGCGAUUCCUACACACCAGAGACCCAGAUCUUGGAGGAAAUGGAGGCGAGGAAAGAAAAAAUGACAGGUAUGAUCGUGAUGUUUGCUCCGAACAAAGAAGAUCGCAAGGCUGGUGUGGAAAGCAUCAAGCGCUUCAACGUGCCCAAUGCGUUUUUGGACCUCACCUUCAAGGCGAGUGUUCGCUUUGCCGAGGCCAACUUUGUGCAGUCAGUUCUAGAAGCGGUCGAAGAAUUGGAUGAAGUUUUUAACAAGAUGAAGUUGCCUCGGGAUCCUUGGCGCCCUGACCCUGAAGUCAACACAAAAGGUGGACAAGGUGAAAUCUCAUUGAACUUGGUAGACAUCAUGGAAUUUCUUGAUCUAAAGCCCAAUGGGGAGAUGAUCGCUGGCCACAAGCAGCGAAUGGAGGAAGCCUUUUCAACCUGGAAGAGAAGUGAAGUUUUUCGGCGCCGGGUAGUGGCAAUUCUAUUUGAAGAAGGGCGUGGCUUGGCAGGCUAUCAAGACUAUGGGCUUGUGACCAAGUUCCUGCGCGAGCAUUUCCCUGAAAAGGAGAAAUACCGCAUCCUGGUUCAUGCCCACGCUGGCAGUCAAAACCAAGAUGUUGCAAGUGUGGAGGCUGUGCAGAGAGGUGCGAAUGGUGUUUGGGCAGCCCUAAUUCCACAAGCUGCUCAGCUAGGCCACAACUCGUCAAUGGUGUUCCUUGACAACAUGCUUAGUUUGGGCAACCGUCAUGUGAUGGUAGAUUUCUGGUUGCAUCAAGCGCGUGAGUGCGCACGCCAUUGCUACUAUCUCAACUUCAACACCUACCGUAUCCCGGAUGACUGUCCAAUCUGGGGUCGUAGGGGUGAUCAACUCACCCACACGGCAUUUAGACGUCAUGAAGGUGGAGAUGAUUGGCGGAAAAGGCGAAACAACUAUUAUGAUGUCUGGGAACAUGAUCAGAGGAAGCAACUCCAGCCCAGAUCAGAUAUUCAAGGAGAAGUGGAGGUUGAGAGGUUGAAUCGUUCUGAAGCUGGCCCUAACAACUUUCGGAUCUCUCCACUUGUGUCAGACAAAGAGACAUGGAGGCAACGGAUUGCUGAACUCAAGGUACUCAGACCGCAAGAACGGGUGGGGGAUUGGGUAGAUGAUAUCAGGGCCCUGGGCUUUGCUCUGAUGAAUGCAAACAUCCGUGCAAACUUGAACGAGAAGGCGACCUUGCAAAGCCUUGCACAAAUUGCCCGCCGAAACCGCGACGAGUCAAUUCCAUGUAGGCAGAUCAAUCCAUAUUUGAAGACAAAUCAUCAAGGAAUUGGCGAAUGA